UAUUGCUGACACAUUCAAAUCUGUCCAACAGUUUAUGAUUGAUUAUCUAGAAGUUGUGGAAAAACCAAAACUGGAAAAGUAUGUUGAAUACAUAAUGGUUGGUCAUGGAAUGAUUGGUCAUGGAAUAGUUGGUCAUGGAAUGGUUGUUCAUGGAAUGAUUGGUCAUGGAAUAGUUGGUCAUGGAAUGGUUGGUCAUGGAAUGAUUGGUCAUGGAAUAGUUGGUCAUGGAAUGGUUGGUCAUGGAAUAGUUGGUCAUGGAAUGAUUGGUCAUGUAAUGAUUGGUCAUGGAAUAGUUGGUCAUGGAAUGAUUGGUCAUGGAAUGAUUGGUCAUGGAAUAGUUGGUCAUGGAAUGGUUGGUCAUGGAAUAGUUGGUCAUGGAAUAGUUGGUCAUGGAAUGGUUGGUCAUGGAAUGAUUGGUCAUGGAAUGAUUGGUCAUGGAAUGGUUGGUCAUGGAAUAGUUGGUCAUGGAAUAGUUGGUCAUGGAAUGGUUGGUCAUGGAAUGAUUGGUUAUGGAAUGGUUGGUCAUGGAAUGAUUGGUCAUGGAAUAGUUGGUCAUGGAAUGGUUGGUCAUGGAAUAGUUGGUCAUGGAAUGGUUGGUCAUGGAAUAGUUGGUCAUGGAAUAGUUGGUCAUGGAAUGGUUGGUCAUGGAAUAGUUGUUCAUGGAAUGGUUGGUCAUGGAAUGAUUGGUCAUGGAAUAGUUGGUCAUGGAAUGGUUGGUCAUGGAAUGGUUGGUCAUGGAAUGGUUGGUCAUGGAAUAGUUGUUCAUGGAAUGGUUGGUCAUGGAAUGAUUGGUCAUGGAAUGAUUGGUCGUGGAAUGAUUGGUCAUGGAAUGAUUGGUCAUGGAAUGAUUGGUCAUGGAAUGGUUGGUCAUGGAAUUGUUGGUCAUGGAAUGGUUGGUCAUGGAAUGAUUGGUCAUGGAAUGAUUGGUCAUGGAAUGGUUGGUCAUGGAAUGAUUGGUCAUGGAAUGGUUGGUCAUGGAAUGGUUGGUCAUGGAAUAGUUGGUCAUGGAAUGAUUGGUCAUGGAAUGAUUGGUCAUGGAAUGGUUGUUCAUGGAAUGGUUGGUCAUGGAAUGAUUGGUCAUGGAAUAGUUGUUCAUGGAAUAGUUGGUCAUGGAAUGGUUGGUCAUGGAAUAGUUGGUCAUGGAAUGGUUGGUCAUGGAAUAGAUGGUCAUGGAAUGGUUGGUCAUGGAAUAGUUGUUCAUGGAAUGAUUGGUCAUGGAAUGGUUGGUCAUGUAAUAGUUGGUCAUGGAAUGAUUGGUCAUGGAAUGGUUGGUCAUGGAAUGGUUGGUCAUGGAAUGGUUGGCCAUGGAAUGAUUGGUCAUGGAAUAGUUGGUCAUGGAAUGAUUGGUCAUGGAAUAGUUGGUCAUGGAAUGAUUGGUCAUGGAAUGAUUGGUCAUGGAAUAGUUAUUCAUGGAAUGGUUGGUCAUGGAAUAGUUGGUCAUGGAAUAGUUGGUCAUGGAAUGGUUGGUCAUGGAAUGGUUGGUCAUGGAAUGAUUGGUCAUGGAAUGAUUGGUCAUGGAAUGGUUGGUCAUGGAAUGGUUGGUCAUGGAAUGGUUGGUCAUGGAAUAGUUGGUCAUGGAAUAGUUGGUCAUGGAAUGGUUGGUCAUGGAAUGGUUGGUCAUGGAAUGAUUGGUCAUGGAAUAGUUGGUCAUGGAAUGGUUGGUCAUGGAAUGAUUGGUCAUGGAAUGGUUGGUCAUUUAAUUAUGACAUACAUAAAAUAUAUAUUCAAUGACAUGUUGAUAUGAAAUAUAUGUUAAAUGACAUGUUAAUAUUAUGACAUAUCUAUUAAAUGAAAUGUUAAAAUUAUGAAAUAUUUGAUCUGUAGGAAGAAAGCUACAAACCACCCAGGAGUCAUGGACAUCCUACAACAGCAGCAAGAAAACUCGUUGGCCAGCAUUCGGCUUCCCAGGGACAUUUCAUCUGAGAUGAGUUCAUUUGUUCCUGACCCUGAUGGCACGGCCAGACUCCAACCUGAGCUCACCCCUGGGGUUGAGAUGGUCAGUCCCAGGUCUAAAUCUCCACUGGACUUUCUCCCCAUGACAAAUAGUGCUAUAUUAUCCUCUAUCAAUAAAUCCUUGAUCAAUGCCUCAGCCAGGUUCUCUAUUCCCAAAGCAAAUCUCAAAGAGAACCUUCAGAACUUUAAUCUGAUUAGAAAAAUUAGAAAAGGAAAUGAUAAUAAUAAUGGAGAUAAAAGAGAAAAGGGUCAUGCUAACCUGGAUCUUGACAGCCGAUCAAGUUUACUGGAAGAGACCAACAAAGACGUAGUUCUAGACAGCUGCGGUAUUCUGGCUUCAAGCCCAAACCAGAUCCUCCUGUCAUCUAUACAUCUGAAGGCAGAGAAUAAACGGAGCUCAACUCAUUCAGAAUCAUCGUUGAAGCUGGAGCAGGCAGCCGCCAUGAACGAAGACCUGACAGGCAGAGUUUUUACCUUUGAGGACAUGGCCUCCAAUAUGUUAAUUAGACAAAAGGUAAAAGAGGACGUAGACGUCCAGGCGUACACAGACACCACAGAUGGCAUUCGUAAGUUUAGAGAUGAUCCUGUCUCACGUAACAAGUCUUCUUUCAGUGAAAAUACAAACAUACAGGACAGAAUGCAACAACACUUUUGUAAUGACGUGCUAGAACACCUGGAAGCUAAUGAUGAAGAAGCCGAUGAGGAUUACUGCGUCUUAGAGAACGAGGAAGUGCGUGCCAUCUUGGAUAAGUGUCACCAGCUCAACCACCCGCACAUGAAGACAUCCCUGAGUGACACGACUCUCAGCAAGAGUUUAGGCUCAGCUCCAGAUGAGAAUAUUCUGGUUGCCCAAACCACAAAGACGGACCCCAGGGACUCCAACAUUGUAUCCAGGUUCAAACAAAAGAUGACCGGCUUGUCAAAGCCAUCCUCGGGUAAACCGGUCGACCCAGUCCCCGCCAAGCCUAUGGUACGGAAGUCUCAGUACUCUGUUGGCUUGUUUAACCAACG